UAUCAUCACUGUACUUGAGCACGUCGUAUCUAGAGGCCCUCCACAUAAAGGGAUCAUUUCAAAAUGUCGGUGACAUUCCCAGUUGACUACAUCAUGGAUGUAAAGCUCGAGGCCAACCUAGGCUCUGAUAUCCCUCUUUACGAUCGUCGGUUUUACAACGAAAGGUGCCCGGAUGAAGUACCCAGCUUGAAAAGGGUCAACGGAACGACCUUCAACUUGGAACAGGAAGACUACUGGCUGUUCUGCGUCCAUCUGAACAAAGCCGAGAUGGAGUUCGCAAUUGGGGGCGAGAAUCCCGCCUAUGCGACCUCACACCCAAACUGGCGUAAUUUGUCCACGAAAAAGGAUAGGGAGUUUGUACUCCAUCAUCACGAGGUUGGAAUUUUUAAUGCGCCGUGUCAGACCUGGUGCGAUUUCAAGCUGGAUUUCGAUCGAUAUGUGGGGAUUCGGUGUCCCAAGAUGACAAACCCGGCUAUCACGAUCAAAGCAAACGGGAACCAUGGCGAGGUCAAGUGGGUAGGCUUGUUCGUCAAAUCGAGCGUCGAGGAGAAAAAUGAAUUUAUUGCAGUCAAGACGACGAAUCGGUUAUUGCCCGCGUACGCUAAACGUAACGAGUCAUACGAGUGGUAUUCGCCGGAUCGCGGCGUGGAUGUAACAAAUGAUCGCUGCAUCAUGCUCUGGCCCAAGCAGUUGUAUGGAACCAAGGGGAAUCGGCAAGAUACAUAUAAGCAGUUUGUGACUGUCGAUCCGAACAGCCCGCUGGCUGCAAGGCAUAUUACGAGGGUUAAAGAAAGGGUCAAGAAUGGAACCGCUCUCGACGUCACAGCCCAAGGCAGAUCCUAUACAUGGAAUGCCAACAGCAUAACCGAGAUCUGGGGUACUCACACCAAACCACGCGGUGGUGGUCGUGGACGGUCUGUAUUUAAUUACUCGGCCGGGACCAAGGUUACGUAUGAUGACAUGGAAGGUGUCAAGAUCCUCCUGCGCGUCUUCGGAACGGUGACUAAGAUGGCAACUGGGAUGGUUAAGGGCGACUUUGCUGCUGUCUUGGAAAGUAUUGCCGCUCUGCCACAACAAUUCAACAAUUCAAGUGUGGAUCCGGACGUCAAGGGCUUCAUUACGGCGUUGGCAGCUCUCGGGCAGCAUCAGUGGAAUAAUCGUCCUAGACAGCCGGGGAGCAAAGAGAAGACCAUCAAUACGGCGGGAGUCGAGCUGCUCUCUAUGAAGCGGCACCCGCUUGAUAGUGACUUUGGUUGUGACUAGCUGUUAUUACUAGGAAAUCACGACCUACAUACAUUUACAUUC